AUGUUGUGGUGGAAACCGGAGUGCUCGGAGGAAACUAACUUUUUUGGCUUGACGACCACAAACCAAACUCACAUCUGCCCCGGCCGGGAAUCGAACCUGGGUCGCCUAGUUGCAAAAACGGUAUAUCUGUAUAACCUUAUUCCAAACGACACCUACUACACCCACGACACCUACGACACUCACGAAACUCACGACACUCACAACACUCACGAAACUCACGACACCCACGAAACUUACGACACUCACAUAACUCACGACAUCGACAACACUCCUGUCACCCACGACACCUACGACACUCACGACACCCACGACACCCACGACACUCACGAAACUCACGACACCUACGACACUCACGACACUCACAUAACUCACGACAUCGACGACACUCCUGACACUCACGACACCUACGACACUCCUGACACCCACGACACCUACGACACUCACGACACCCACGACACUCACGAAACUCACGACACCUACGACACUCACGACACUCACAUAACUCACGACAUCGACGACACUCCUGACACUCACGACACCUACGACACUCCUGACACCCACGACACCUACGACAUUCACGAAACUCACGACACCUACGACACUCACGACACUCACAUAACUCACGACAUCGACGACACUCCUGACACUCACGACACCUACGACACUCACGACACCCACGACACCCACGACACCUACGACACUCACGAAACUCACGACACCUACGACACUCACGAAACUCACGACACCUACGACACUAACGAAACUCACCACACCAACGACACCUACGACACUCACGAAACCCACGACAUCGACGACACCUACGACACUCACGAAACUCACAACACCGAAGACACCGAUUACACUCACGAAACUCACGACACCUAUAAAACUCACGACACCCACGACACCUACGACACUCACAACACCCACGACAACUUACGACACCGACGACACCCACUCACGAAACUCACGACACCUACAAAACUCACGACACCGACGACACCUUCGACACUCACGACACCUACAAAACUCACGACACCCACGACACCUACGACACUCACGAAACUCACAACACCGACGACACUCACAACACCCACGACAACUCACGACACCUACGACACCGACGGCACCUACGACACUCACAACACUAAUAACACCGACGACACUCACAACUCUGACGACAGCAACGACACUUACGACACUCACAACACCGACGACACUCACAACUCCUACGACACCGACGGCACCUGCGACACUCAUGACACUCACAACACCGACGACACCGACGAUACUCACAACACCGACGACACUCAAGACACCUACGACACCGACGGCAUUUGGACCACCACCAACACACACACCCACUCACAAAAAUUAUUUCGUUUUUUGUGUACCUUCAUGAUAGGGGCGAUUUAUGUGUUGAUUGGUAGUUUUAACAGCUCUAACAUAAAGUAA